AAAACGACGGGUUUGGGAUCCAUCUAACUUGUUGUUCAAGUAGUGAACUUGUACAAAGCAUCUCAGUUUCUUCGAUUCGCCGAUCAAUCAAUCAGCUGCUAUGAUUAUCUAAUCUCAACAAGUUCUUCCUUGAUUACACUCCCUUUCUUUUGUUCCCGAGUUCUUACAUUCAUCCAGAUCUUUUAAUUUUUCUAAGGUUUUGAUUCUGUUGGUGAUAACUGAUAAGGUUUUACAGAUCGAAGAAGAAGAUGUUUCUCACAAGGACCGAGUACGACAGAGGAGUCAACACUUUUUCUCCUGAAGGAAGGCUAUUCCAAGUCGAGUAUGCCAUUGAAGCUAUCAAGCUUGGUUCUACUGCAAUUGGAGUAAAGACUAAGGAGGGAGUUGUGCUUGCUGUCGAGAAGCGUAUCACCUCCCCUUUGCUGGAGCCGAGCAGUGUGGAGAAGAUUAUGGAAAUUGAUGACCAUAUUGGCUGUGCCAUGAGCGGCUUAAUUGCUGAUGCGCGUACUCUUGUUGAGCAUGCAAGAGUUGAAACUCAAAACCACAGAUUCUCGUAUGGUGAGCCAAUGACUGUAGAGUCCACCACGCAAGCGCUGUGUGAUCUGGCUUUACGGUUUGGUGAAGGAGAUGAAGAAUCAAUGUCUCGGCCAUUUGGAGUCUCUCUUCUCAUUGCUGGUCAUGAUGAAAACGGACCGAGCUUGUACUACACGGACCCGUCUGGAACGUUCUGGCAGUGCAAUGCAAAGGCGAUUGGUUCAGGCUCAGAAGGAGCUGAUAGUUCUCUUCAAGAGCAAUUCAACAAAGAUCUGUCGCUCAGUGAAGCUGAGACGAUCGCUGUAUCUAUCCUCAAGCAAGUUAUGGAAGAAAAGGUGACUCCAAAUAAUGUGGACAUUGCCAAGGUAGCUCCAGCGUACCAUCUCUACACUCCACAAGAAGUUGAAGCAGUCAUCAGUCGUCUUUGAGGAAGAUGCUUUGCGUCUACUUCGAAUAUUGACACCAAGUGGCUUUCUUUCAUUUUGUCUGUUAGAGACUGAUGUUUAAUGAGACAAGUUUAGUCUCUUGUGUAAGAGAAUCUUUUAUCUCCCAUGUCAUUCUAUAACCUCUCGGAUGGAUUUGUGGCUCAAAUUUUUCCAUCUUUAGCACUUGUUUUGGAAA